UAAAUCCAUAAAAUCACCUUGUAUGCAAUUCCAAUGGUUUUGUGGGUACACAUAAUGGUAAAACCAUCAUUUAAUUUUAGUUUCGUUAUGUUCAAUAGAUCUCUUUUGAAAAAAUGCACAUUAGGCCGUAUUUGUUUGUGUAUUGCAUUUUCCAGAUCUUUCUUUGUCUUCGUUUUGUUUGCUCAUCUUAAACUGAUUGCUAGUGUGAUUGUGACAUCACAGUCUUGAUGAUAGAGUUACUCGUCACUAAUUUUUCAGCACGGCUACAUCUUCAAAACUGGUGUCGAGUUCUUCUCUGCCGCGAUGUUUAUUUACAUCAGACACGGAGAUAAUGAACAGUUUCUGCUCAACUCCAACUGUCCAGUCGUUAUCCUCGUGCAGUACCUAAAAAGGAUGUUCGGGCUGGCCGAGUCAGAGCUUGUAGACCUGUGUGAUGAACGAGGGGUGUUGAAAUUCCUCUUUCAGCCUCAGAAUUUACAGGAAUCUGCUCGUGAACUGCUCAAGGCUAGAGAGUCUUUUAUUGUUUGCAUCGUUCAUUGUAUGAAUGAUGGGGCUUUUACUUCUGUCAGAUCACUUCUAGCUGGUGUUGAUUCUGCGCUAUUAGAGGCUCUUCAGAGUCAGAUUGAUCAUCUUGAGAAAGCUCGCCUCAAGCAGCUUCAUUCAGUGGAGUCUCGUGCUGCUACGUCAGAGGAAAACAGUGCUCAGGCUCUGCCUGCUAAAACUACAAAGAAGCGCAAGAAAGUCACACAUGUAAACGGCUCGGAUGAAGGAGUCCAGCGCCACACGGAGGACAGGAAGAGCAGGAACUGAAUGAAUCUCCUCACAUCCGAGCUCUCAGUGAUGGUAGUGAAGGUCCCAGUUUAAUUCAUUUAAAUUACGCAUGUUCUUCAAAGGGCAUGCUGGUAUUAUUGUUUUUACUGUGUAUAAUUUUUUAGGUGGUUUAAGAUUCACUACAUUUAUUUUAUAAAUCUAAAUGAAAGUCAGGGACUACAUGAUACAGCAGAAGAUAUGAAACAAUGAAUAAAACUAAUGUAUUGGUGC